GAAGAAAAAGAAGAAGAAGAAAUGAAGAAGAAGAAGAAGAAGAAGAAGAAGAAACAGAAGGAAGAAGAAGAAGAAGAAGAAGAAGAAAAAGAAAAAGAAGAAGAAAAAGAAGAAGAAGAAGAAAGAAAAAGA